UAUCAUUUUUUUUUUAGAUACUUAAAAAAUAAAAUAAAAUUGCUUUGGUUUGAGAUUAAAGAAAUUUUUACACAGAGUUCUUUUGUUUGGAAAAUGGAAACAGAAUUUUUUAAUGUAAAAUACUAAGACACAGUACUCCAUCAUGGAGGAAUAUUAUUGCACAACUUCUCUAAAACCACAUCCAUGGUUGCAGCGUUUUGAAAAUAUUGUUAAGUAUGCUAUACAUCCUUACGAAAUAAAUGCUGAUAUAUUUUCAGGAGAUUUUUGUGUUUAUAUUGCUGAAACUUCACCAAGAACAUUACUAUUACGCUAUUAUUUAAAUGGAGUUUAUAAAACAAUAACAUUAUCAAGUGCAGAUUGUGUUUUAAUGGUUUCCGAAAACUGGAUUGAAAUGUUGAAUAUCACUGAUAACUGCAACUACUUAAAAUGUAUUAUUUGGAAUGAAAAUGAUUUUGAAAGAAUUUCAUGGGAUAAGCUUCUUUUAAUGCAUAGUGAAGAAAGUUCACCAGUCCACUCAAAAUCUUUUUCAAUUGAACUUUGGAAUGAAGGCUCACUUAGUGCUGGGAUGGUAUUAGAUGUGAACUUUGAGUUGUUGCAUAAUCAGGCUUAUCUUCCUGGAAGUCGAGAUAAACGUGGUGGUUCUGUUAUUUUUUUGGAUACUAGUGAAACCAGUUGGGAAAAUAUUAAAGUAGAUAGCGAAGAAGUUGCAAAACUACUUAUGUAUUAUUAUAAAAUUCCAAGAGAAAGUGUUCAAAAAAAAGGAUUAUCACUGGUUAUAGACGCUAGACAAAUAAACAAUGCUCAGACAAUUAUAGAAUGCAUAGGAAAAGCUAUUUCAACAUUGCAGAAAAAUUGUCCAGGUGCUGUUUACAUGACAUAUCUCUUAUUGCCUAAAGAUUCAUUGAUGUUGCUAGUUCCAUUGUCUAAAAUAAAAGAAAGUUUAAAUUUUGAGUUUCAGCUUAUUUCAUCACUUGAAAAGUUACACAAUGAGAUUGAUAAAAGUAAUCUUCCGAUUGUAUUUGGUGGCACGCUUGAGUAUGAUCAUCAGAAAUGGAUUAAAUUUAGAACGCAAGUGGAACCUUUUAUGGUUGGAUGUCGAAGUGCAGCAAAAUAUGCUAUCAAUCUAAUGUCAAAUUUAAAUAAGUCUGAUCCAGUAUAUUCAAAAGAAGAUUUCUUAAAAUUACUGGAGUUGCAUAAAGAAAAAUCAAAUGAAAUUCUUUGUAAUUCACGAUUGAUACAUCUUCAACAAGAAGGCAUUCAAAUUAUUAAUUGGUGGAAGAAUAGUGAAGAUCAAAAUAUGAAAACAGAAGAUUUUAUUGAUACAAUUGACUGUGUAAAGCAACUUUAUAGUCAAGUCAAUCUUUUAUUCAAUCGAUUACAGUUAAACAUGAAUAAGAGACAGGAAAAGAUUGAAUUAUAUUUAAAAACAAGUUUAUUUGAGGAAACAUCUCAAAAGAUUAUAACAUGGAUCCAAAAAGAUGGGUUUCUUAUUCUUGAACAGCAAAUUGAAAUAGGUGAUUCAAUAGGUCAUGCUCAAUCUCUUAUGAGUGAAUUUUCAAAAUUUUCUCAAGUCUCAGAAGAAAACAUUCAAUGCGCAGAAGAAAAUAUUAUUUUGGGCAAUCAAUUACUUAAACUUCCUGUGUUAAAAGACAUACAUGAAUCUAUUAAAGACACAUUGGUCACACUUGAAAAAUAUCUUAAAGAUUUUAUUUUAAAAUACUCUGAGCGAAAAAAAAAACUUACGAAGAGCUUAGAUUUUCACACUUUAGUAUUAGAAGCUCACCAGUGGUGGAUGACGGGUUUGCAAUAUAUAGCACACAUGAAUAUGGAAGAAAUACAAACUCAUGAAGGCAUUACUCAUUUAAAAAACUCUUUGUGUCAUUUUAUUAAAGAAAAUCCAUUUUUGAAAGAAAGUCAAAUAGCUCGAAUUACAGAACUAGCGCAUCAUUUAGGUAGUAAAUAUGUAGAGCAAGCAGAACAAAAUAGUAAGCGAUGCUUAGAGGUUCAAGAAAUGCUUCAAGUUAAGCAAAAUCAAAUUGCAGGUGCUGAAGAAAGAUUAAAAAGGAACUGGGAUCAAUACAGUAGCGACCCUGACAAUGAAAACUCUAGUGGUAUCAAAGAUGAUGAUGUUUCAACAGAAGCUGAUGAAGAUCUGUAUCAAGAUGCUAAAAGUGUUUCAGAUUGCUUUGAUCUUGUGAAUUUUCCUGUGUAUAGUUGGCAAGAAUCUCAAUAUGAUGAGAAUGAUGCUAAUCUGGCAGUUUUUGAUGCUGCUAUGCCUGCUAAAAUGAAAGAGAGACUUCGGUUCAUUAUAGAAGAGAUGAUUAAUACAGAGUAUCAGUAUGUACAUUCAUUAGAAUAUGUACUGGUAAAUUAUCUUCCAGAAAUGGACUCAGAUCACCUUCCCCCAACUUUAAAAGGAAGAAAAAACAUACUUUUUGGAAACAUAGACAGAAUAUAUGAAUUUCACAAAAGACAUUUUUCUCAUGAUAUCGAAUCUUAUAGACAUGCUCCUUUACAGAUAGGAAAAUGUUUUUUAAAAUGGGAGCGUCAGUUUUACGUAUAUGCACAAUACAAUAAAAACAAACCCAAAAGUGAUGAAAUUUGGAAUGAUUUUGCUAACGCUUAUUUUGAGGCAAAAAUGAAGCAGUUAAACGAUAAAUUGGACCUUGCAAGUUAUUUGAUUAAGCCCGUUCAACGCCUGGGUAAAUAUUCACUUUUGCUUCGAGACAUGAUUAGUUGUUGUGAUCCUAAAGAUCCUCGUGUUUCUGAGAUGAAAAUGGCCCAUGAAUUAAUGAAGUUUCAACUUCGCCACGGUAAUGAUCUUCUUGCUAUGGAUGCCAUAAAAAAUGCUGAUGUUAACUUAAAAGAGGAAGGUUGUUUGCUACGUCAGGCUGAUUUUAUAGUUUGGUAUGGCAAGCGUAAGCGCGUACGUAGGGUUUUUCUUUUUGAGCACUCAAUAGUAUUCACAAAAGCUAAAGAACAAAAAGCUCAUGGUGAUCACUUCAUUUAUAAGCAUUCUAUAAAGACAGUUGAUUUAGGACUGACAGCAAACAUUGGGGACAGUGGAUUAAAAUUUGAAGUCUGGUAUCGCCGAUGGAAAAAAGGGAGAACUUCAGAUGCUUACAUUUUACAGGCAACUACAGAAGAAAUAAAGGUUGCUUGGACUAGUGACAUUACAAGGAUUCUAUGGCGUCAAGCAACACGAAAUAAAGAAUAUGGUCUUACAGAAGUCAGUACUGGCAUAAGUGUUGAGAGUACACCAUCAGCAAUUUUUCCAGAUAGUGGAGUUCAGUUGAACUCUUAUUCAAGACAGCGUGAAAUAUCACCUCGUUCCCUUGAUAUAAAUAUAAAUAAGCGCCUUUCAUGGGUGAGUGCUGGUGAUAGUUCCGGUAGUUCUGGUGUACAUGAUUUGGGCAGUUUACCUGAAGAUCCUCCUUGUAUUUCUCCACGUGAUGAGAAAAAUUAUUGUAAACGAGAAGGUAGCAGUAAAAGUUCGUCAAUACAGAGAAAGUUCUCGCAACAGUUUAAUUUACCGUUAACAUACAACGAAGCUGAUAUUACUUUUAGACGAGAUCAAAGCAACUCUUAUGACGGUUCUUUUAUUCGUAAUAAUGUAUUCAGAAAAACCAUUCAGUAUGACGGAACACCCGCUUUAGACCGAACUAAAAUAGGUUCGACGAAAAAAAUUUAUAAAAAAUAUUCAUCAGGAAAACCACGUUUCGCUACACAACCCAUAAUACUACCAAGCAAUUUUUCUGAAGUAUAUAAAAAAACGAACACUGUUAAAUACCGAAAGGUGCUUUCUGAGCGCCCAACAUCUCCUGAAUCUAUUGUCGAAUGUGUUGAAGAAGAUACCCUUUCUAAUAAACUCAACAGUUUACUUAAAGAAAAUGAUACAAAUAAUACUUCUAUAAAAAAACCUAUAUCACCUAUGUUAUGUAAAAAAGCGUAUACACAAGGUGAUUUAUCUAUUUAUAAAGACUUUCCUCAAACUUAUUGUUUUGAUAAUACAAAACCACUGAAGCAAUACUCAUUUUUUCAGUCAAAAACACCAAUGGCGGAGGGCAGCAACAAGUUCCUUAAUUUACAAAGCCUUUCAUGUGAUCCUUUGCACUCGUGUUCAACCAAUACUUCAGAAAAUCUCAGAUUAAAAAAUCCUAAUAAGUCAAUCUCUCUAUCGACAACAACAUUUUUUACAUCUAAGGAUUCAAAGAAACAAACAAUGUUGCCGACAUUCCUCCGAAAACGAUUAUCUAAAUCUUUUACAGACUUACUUUGAGAAUUAUAUUUUUUUAUAAACUCAACGUUUUCGAAUAGCGACAUCGCCGACGGCAAUAUUUUUGCUUUAUCAUAAUCUUAGACUCGGUACUUUUGGCCUCUGACAUUUUGGCUUUGUUAAACUUUUGGAGUAGAUAAGCCUAUCCAAUUGUUGCGUACAACCUUAAGUUUUUUUUAAAAUCUCGUUUUAUUAAGAGUCGAAACAGUUUCUUCGUAAUUUUUACUGGAGGUUUUUAUAGUUAACUAACUUAGAAUUUCGAAAUAAGUGUUUUAGAAAAAAAUGUUAGGUUUGCAUUUGAAAUAAUUUG